AUGGGGGAUGUUCCUGUUGACGAGCAUAAUGCGGGUUUUUGUUCGGAAAGAGAUAGUCGGCUGAAUGUUUUUGAAAACGUUAACCCAGCUCUAUCCACGAGCGUUAAGCGUUCCAUUACGGACAGUAUGGAUCUUGUUAGUGCUCAAAAGAAAACACGCCUUGAAGUUGUCGCAGAACAAAAGCGCUACCUUGAUGCAUUCAGUCAAUGGAAUGAGGAGGACCAGGUUGAUUUUCUAUGUCAACUGCUUUCACGUAUGUCCCACGCACAGCACUCCCGAAUCAAUAGCCUCCUAGAACCAUUGCUUCAAUGUGAUUUCAUUAUGGCUCUACCCACUCGUGGUGUGCCAAAUAUUUCCGCCGCCAUUCUUUCCUACCUUGAUGCCCAGUCUCUUCUGUCCGUGGAACUAGUUUCGAAGGGUUGGCAGUGGAUUGUGGUGCGGUUUCAGUUAUGGCGUAAACUAAUUGCUCGGCGAAUCGCGACAGAUUCAGUAUGGCGGGGAUUAGCCGAGCGUCGUGGUUGGCUCUCUGUUGUAAAUUUGGUCGAUCCAGCUCUCCUUUGUUCACUCCUCGAGCAACGUCUCGUAGCUCAUGACUGUGGACAGGUUCAAAAGCGCGAGAUCGAUUUUCCUUUGGUUAAAUCGACCGGUCAGUCCCACCAACCAGCCCCAUUUGGGGACAACUGGAGUUCAGUCCUUCCUACGUCAUUUACCUCAGCAGCAGCUAGCGUGGCUGCAUCUGCAGAAGCCCCUACUUCCUCUGCGUCUAGUCCUGAAGCAAUGAUGGUAGCUCAUCGGUUCUACAAGCAGCUUUAUCCUCGGGUUAUUCGAGAUAUAAAUCGCAUCAACGAUAACUGGAACAACGGUCGCUUUCGCCUUAUCAGAAUCCGUUGCCAUAGUGACUCGUCUAAGGGUGUUUACUGCCUUCAAUACGACUCCGAUAAGAUUGUCUCUGGGUUGCGGGAUGACACUAUCAAGGUGUGGCGACGAGUUGGUGCCUCCACUAGUGCCCGCCAUGAACCCCUCGGCUCCGGUGACACAUCUGGGGGCGCGGACGGCGGUCAUAUGAGUCCAGAGCUUGUAACGGGCUCCGGCCCUGCAGUCGCUGCUUCAUCUCCGGAGGGUGAUGCCGCUCAAUCGGACUCCGAUGGCUAUCAGUGCACACAAGUGAGCACAAUUAACCCCAUCUGUUUAUCCCUUCUGUCGAACCGUGAUCACUGUAGCAUAUUUAGCCUUUUAAGGGUGUUCUUAUGGACCUUUCUUUUCGUAGUCCUUAGAAUUCCACUAAGUGACGCUUGUGAAAAAUGUGCUUUUAGGGUAAAGUACGUAAUUAGUGCUUUGAACGUUUGUCCAUUGCAGGUGCUGCGAGGUCAUACCGGCUCCGUUCUCUGCCUGCAAUAUGAAGGUAAUCUCCUGAUUAGUGGUUCUAGCGACUCGAAGGUGCGCCUCUGGGACCUUUCGACGGGUGAAUGCCUCCACAUCCUUGACAAGCAUCACGAGGCGGUGCUUCAUCUGCGCUUCCGGAAUAGUGUGCUCGUUACUUGUUCGAAAGAUCGUAAUAUUGCCGUGUGGGAUAUGGGUCCUUACCCCAAAGAUAUACAGCUUCGAACUCUCCUCACCGGUCACCGAGCGGCCGUUAACGUGGUCGACUUUGACGAACGCUACAUCGUGUCUGCCAGUGGUGAUCGCACUAUCAAGGUAUGGAAGACAGAUACAACAACCGUGACGCCAGUGCGAACCCUUUCCGGCCAUCGCAGGGGCAUAGCAUGCCUUCAGUACCGUGCACCCUAUGUCGUAUCUGGCUCUUCUGACUUCACCAUCCGCAUCUGGGACAUAGAAACAGGAGUUUGCUCGCGUGUUCUCGAGGGACACGAUGAACUCGUCCGAUGUAUUCGCUUUGACUCAAAACGAAUUGUAUCUGGGGCCUAUGACGGUAAAAUAAAGGUCUGGGACUUGAAGGCAGCACUUAAUCCACGUUGUCGCACAAACCAAUUUUGCAUCAGAACUCUUCACGAACACACUGGCCGCGUAUUCCGCCUUCAGUUCGAUGACUUCCAGAUCGUUUCCUCUUCCCACGACGACUCAAUCCUGAUAUGGGACUUUACCCAAAUAGACCCUAAUUCGGCAACAAACCAAGACGAUGAGACGGGUGCAGUUGAAAAUGACGACGGCUUUUUUAACGAUGAGGCCGCUGCAGCUGCAGCAGGGGUGGCUCCACAGCCAUCUAACGUCCGCCAGAUCCGUCUUAUGCAUCCUCGAUCCCCACAAGUAGCCCCCACUCCAGCCCCAGUGUCCAAUGAUGCAGAUGCUGGAACUCAACCGGCCGGGGUUAAUCGGUCCACCACCCACGAUGCUUCACUCCCAUAA